AUGAAGGAGAAGAUUUCAGAGGCUGACAAGAAGGUGGUAGACGAUAAGGUGACGGAGGUGAUUCAGUGGCUGGACGCACACCAGUCGUCGGAGAAGGAGGAGUACGAGUCGAAGCAGAAGGAGCUCGAGGGUGUGGCGAACCCGGUGCUUCAAAAGAUGUAUGCGUCUGCAGGCAACGUUGGCGGUGGUAUGCCCGGUGGCAUGGCGGGCGGUAUGCCUGGUUCUGGUGGAGUUCCUUCGUCGGGCAGCGCAGAGCAAGGUCCAAAGAUUGAAGAGGUGGAUUAA